ACAACUAACGGAUGAUAACACAACAGCUGAUUGUCAGAUUUCUCUCGAGCAUGAGACGUGCAUAUUGAUAAAAGGCGUGGAAUUGAUUCCAGGCCAGUUAUGUCAUUGAUUGCUACUAUGCAAUACGCGCUUACCUCUUCGUUUACUACCAAUGCAUUCCACCUCAGAUCUACCGCAACGGUCCUAUUCCCAAGAAGACCUCUCUCUAGGUACAUCUCGAUAACUUGCCAGGGCGAGCCUAUUCGGCGCGAGCAGCUGUUUGAAUAUACCAAUGGGCGAUUCCUUGUCAACGAAGCCCGCGAACGAGCUAGACGCUAUGCCAAAUUCGACGUCGAUGCUCUCUGCUCUUUGGUUUCUUCCUUACCUUCCAUUUCGUCUCCCAUUUCGAAAAUCGAUAAAAUAGAGGGCGGCUUCAAUAAAGCAUUGUUGAUGACUGCAGAGAACGGAAAGGAGGUCAUUGCUAAGAUCCCCCUUGCACAAAUCGUACCUCCGAAGUAUGUCACGGAAUCCGAAGCUGCUACUCUGGAUUUCGUCGAUCGUUACACGUCUGUACCAGUAUGCAAAGUUCUAGCGUGGAGUUCUGAGAUAUCGAAUCCCGUGGGAUCGGAAUAUAUCAUAAUGGAGAAAGCCCCAGGGAGACAGCUAAUCGAAUUAUGGGGAGAUAUGGAUUUAUCCAGUCGGUUCAAAUUGAUUCACAAUCUAGCUCAGAUGGAGAGUAGUGUCGCAUCUAGAAAGUUUCCUGGUUAUGGGAGUUUGUAUUUUCGGGAUACGUUCGAGCGUGAUUCUAGCAGAUCAUCUAUAGCCAUGGAUGAUGAUGAUACGUAUUGUAUCGGACCAUAUUAUCACGAGGGAUGGUUUCCUCAGUUCGGAAAUCAUCGAGAUGAUGCUGGACCGUGGACCAAUCUUACCGACUUCAGUCUCUCCAUGGCUAACAGAGGAAUUUGGCACGUAUCAAACUCCAACCACCUCACGGCUCGUGGUCCACACUACGGCUCUAAAGAUGAACAUAUCCAGACACUAAAAAACACCCAGAAAAUCAUACCAAUAUUGGCAGAACAUCCUACUUUACAACGAUUUUCCACACCAACACUUUGGCAUUCUGAUCUUCACCUAGGGAAUAUAUUUGUCUCUAAUACCGACCCCACAGUCAUCGUCAAUAUAAUAGACUGGCAAUACACCUCUAUCCUACCUUCUUUCACACAAGUUCAAUGGCCGGAAUUUCUCAAUCCACCAGAAAACUAUCAGGUUGGAAUGAUCAAACCGGAUCUACCCGCGACCUUCAACCACAUGGACGAAGACGAGAAGGAAUACGCUCUAUCACAGAGAGACAAAGCGAUGCUUAGCAAGCGGUACGAAGCGGCGGUAGCCAAGUAUCAUUACGAAUCAUUCCUGGCUUUGAUCGGUAUCAAUCGUAGUGUGCAGCAUUUAUUCUCCUCGUGCGAGAGGACGUAUAAGGAUGGUAUUGUACCGCAUCGUGAUUCUCUCUUGAGGAUUUCUCAAACUUGGGAACAGAUUGGACUUCCGGGGUUAUGUCCUUUUGAAGUUAGCAUUGAGGGGUUAGAGAAGCAUGCAUGGGAACUCGAACGGUAUACGGACUGGUGUACGUUGUGGGGGUAUACGCGGCAGAUACUGUGCAUAGAUAAGGAUGGUUGGGUGUCUCCUCGGUUGGACUUUGAUAAGGUUAAGGAGAGACAUGAUGAGCUGUUCGAACUUUACAUGCUGAGGGAGAGUGAAGAGAUGUCAGAAGAUGAGGCGAGGAGUCUUUGAUUUUACAUUGAGAGGGAGUGAAAGGUGCCAAUAUCAAGAGCCCGGAGUCCGGAGAGUGUAUGUAAGACACCGCAAUAACUGUUGCAAGGUAUCGAAACCAUCCACUUCGCCGCUUGAGAACUGAGUGGUACAUAUGACUCUGCGUUUG